UCAGGGAGUGCACGUGUCGCGACCCCCAAAACUGGAAAGCGAAAAGAAAAUUCACUUAUUGGAGGUUGAUGAGCAUUUUUUCGGAAUUAAGUCCCUCGAGCGUUUGUUGACGAGAAAGAACACGCGUUUCGUAUGCGAACGUUGCACUCGCUCUUUUAAUGAGGAAAAGAGCAUGGCGAAACAUCGACGCCUUUGCGCGGACGUGAACGAAAUCCUAUUAGAAUUUUGUGAACCCGGAGAAAACUUUGUAGAAUUUACUAAAAUGCAGUACAUGCAACAGUACAACUACGUUGUCGCGCUGGACACGGAGAGCGUACUUGCGCCCAGUAGUGAUGGCAUGCAGCGUCACAUCACCUCUAGCUUUUGUGCCGUGCUCGUGCGUACCCACGACUCAAGGGUGUUGCGCAUCAGGACGCACCAUGGGGAAGAUGCGGCAAAGCAGUGUGUGAAGGCGCUCAUGGAAAUGCGAGAUGAGAUGAUCGCCCUGAACGCUUGCUCCGCCGCAAUGGUGCUAAAUGAUGAGCAAUGUGCUGAGCACAGAGCUGCUACCCACUGUGCGUACUGUAAACAGGAGUUUACCGAAGAUCUACCCCGUGUCCGGCAUCAUGAUCAUUCGAAGCAUUGUAGUGCGGGCGAGACAAAUUAUAUCGCAACUUUGUGUAACCCCUGUAACGUCGCUUGCACGACGAGGGAAAAAUUGCCGAUCAUGGUACACAAUUUGUCCUACGAUUUGGCCGGGCUGCUGCGUGAAUUUCACAUUCUCGGGUGGAAGCGACCUCCCUUCAUUGUAGCCAGCUCCAUGGAAAAAAUUCGUUCGUUUGAAAUUGGCACCUUCCUCUUCAGAGAUACCAUGCAGUACCUGAAUUUGUCGCUGGGGGAGCUUGUGGAAACUGUCAAAUGCAUGGGGGGCGCAGAGGCGUUCCAAUGCCUUAAGCAGGCAUUUGGAGAUGACUACGAAAUUUUGCUUCGUAAAGGUGUAUUCCCGUACAGCCAUAUUCGUUCUUUCGCAGUGUACGAUGAAUUGACCUUGCCAGAAAAAUCCGCCUUUCGAAACGAUCUAACUGGGGAAGAUAUAAGUGACGAAGACUACCAGUACGCUCUGCAUGUAUUUGAACAUUUUGGGUGCUCGAGUUUAGGGGAUUAUAAUGCAUUGUACCUGAAAACGGAUGCCCUAUUACAUGCUGACGUGAUGCAGCACUUCCGACGUUUGUGCUACAGCGCACGUGGAUUGGAAUUGCUUCAUUGUGUUUCUCUAGCAUCCUAUUCGUGGCAAUGCGCUCUAAAUUACACGCAGGCAAAAUUGGAGUUAAUCAUCGACGAGGACAUGUACAGAACCAUCAAAUCGGGCGUUAGAGGUGGGCUCUGUCAGGCGAGCAGACGUCAUUUACGUGCCAAUAACCCUCUGUGUAGUGGCUAUGAUCCCGAUAAAGAGGAGGUGUACAUAUCAUACAUAGAUUGCAACAAUCUUUACGGAUUCAGUAUGAUAAAGCACCUCCCAAUUGGUGAUUUCGAAUGGGUCAAGGAUUUUAGCUCCGUGGAUUUUAUGCGUCACCCCACUGAUUCAGACGUUGGCUACGUGUAUGUAUGUGACUUGGAGUAUCCAAAAUCUAUCCACGCACUGACAUGGUACUUUCCCCUGGCUCCUGAGAAGAUGGUCGUCCCGAAGGAUUGGCUCUCGCCAUUCCAGCGAGGGCUUCUCGAAGAAUUAAUGUAUCAGCCAGCUAACAGCAAAAAGCUGCUGCUCACGUGCAAGGACAAGGUCGAGUACGUCGUUCAUUACGCGCUGCUCGCACUCUAUUGUAGAUUGGGUAUGAGAGUGACAAAAAUUCACAGAAUUCUAAAAUUUCACCAGGCACCAUUCCUGCGUCCCUACAUCGAGGACAAUGUUGCCAGACGCGUUGCCUCGAGCACGACGUUCGAAAAAAAUUUCUAUAAACUCUCAAAUAAUGCGGUAUUCGGAAGAACGCUUUUAAAUAAAUUUAACAUGCGGGACAUUCGAGUAGCCUUCCAUGAGGAGACGGCGAGUCGCCUCGGGAGUUGGGCGGAAUGCGUGAGGAUGGAAAUUUUGUCCCCGGAUUGUGUCAUGUACGAAAUGCGCAAAAGAAAAGUGCGAUGCGAUUUCCCGCUCCAGAUUGGGUUUACGAUUUUGGAACUGAGUAAAUUAACCAUGUACUCAUUCUACUACGAAACCUUGCUGAGUAAGCUCACUUGUCCACUGAUUGCCUGUUACUUUGACACGGAUUCUCUGAUCCUCGGCCUAUUCUGCAAGGACUACGAAGAUCAGUUACGAGCGAUCGCCGACGACCACUUAGAUUUGUCUUCCUUCGACCGGGAUCAUCCACUGUACAGUGAAAAGAAUCAUGGGAGACUUGGGGCUUUCAAAAGCGAAACUGGUAGUGUACCUAUCGAAGAAGUAAUAUGCUUGAAAGCUAAAAUGUAUUCCAUCAAAUUAGCUGGAGGAAAGCAAAUUGCAAGAGCUAAAGGGGUCAAAAAGAAUAUUGUACGCAAGCACCUCCUCCAUGAGACAUACUACAAUACCUUGUUCAAUCACACGAGCGUAUCGAACGAACAAGUAUCAAUCGUUGGAAAGAAACAGUGCAUGUACACCAUCAGAAACGUCAAAAGAAGUCUGAUGGCAUACGACGACAAGAGAUACCUCUGCAAUGACAUCGAAUCCUACCCUUACGGAAGCUGUGAAUAUGGAGAUGUGCAGGAAGAGAACUGAUACUUCCGUGACAUGCUGUUCUCGCGUGCGGUCUGGGACUGAGCCGUGGAUGGAGAAGGACGAA